GGGCCGGGAGUUCGCGGCGGUUAAUUCCUUUUACAGUGCGCCUCUGCUUCACUCCUUUUGGGCUUUUCUGAAGCUGCGAGAGAUGGUCAGGUCCGGAUCUCGACCGGGCCAGGUAUUAUCUUCAGGAAAGCACACUGGACCUGCUAAAUUAACAAAUGGAAAGAAAGGGGCCCAUUUGAGAAAGAUAUCCCGUUUUAAUGCAGAUUCUGGCUAUCCCACUCAUUCUGAUUCAGAAAGUCAGACUGAACCUAUACAAGGGCUUGAUGGUUGUGCUUCUUUGCUGCGGGACAUUUUGAGAAAUGAAGAUUCAGUAGGUUCAGAAAUAGCAUAUUCAGAAAAUAGAUAUUACCCCAGACCUGUAGAAAGCAAACGAUAUGGAUCUAAAAAGAAAGGACAUGAAAAACAUACUGUACCUUCUGUAGUCUGGAAGGAAAUUUUAUCUUCAGAUAAUAAGAAACAGAUUCCUAAUGAUGCUUCUGCUGGAAGUGAAAGAGACUCAUCAAAUAUACCACAAAAUUGGUCACUACAAGAUCAUUAUAGAAUGUAUUCACCCAUAAUAUACCAAGCCCUCUGUGAGCAUGUGCAGACUCAGAUGUCACUGAUGAAUAACUUGGCUUCAAAGAACAACCCUAAAGGAAUUCCUACUGCACCUUGCCACACUGUGUCUGGUUCUGAAUCUCAGGCAUCUCCAUAUUCUAAUUAUAGCUUAUCCACCUCUACGCCAGUCCAGUUACCUCAGCAACCACCCUGCCCUCCAGUGGUUCAUUCUGAAGUUCAGACUGACGGUGACAACCAGUUUGCAUCACAAAGUAGAACAAUUCCUGUGAAUUGUACUGAUGAUGUUCUAAGGAAUUCCUUCAGUACUAGUCUUGGAGUUCCGUGGAGCCUGCCCCAAACUGACAAACCAGCUACGCCAACAUUUCAGCAGCUGGGUCUUGCUAAUGGAAUUCUGCCACAACAAAGAGUUCCUAAGGAACCGGACCUACUAAAGUGUUUCCAAACAUACGUGAAACUGUUGGGUUCUCAUCCAGACAGUCAGACUUGCUGCAGCCCCACCCUAUUACAGCCAGAUUUCUUGGCUAUUAAUGAAGAAAAAUAUGUUAAAGAACAAAGUGGAGAGGUCAGAAGUGAAAGAAAGGAUUUAAACAUACCUGUGCAAGAUACAAGAAUAAAGGAUGUGCAGAAUGCGAAAAAUGUGAACCAGAGUGCUGAAAAAGUUAGAACUAUCAAGUAUUUGUUGGGAGAGCUCAAGGCCCUGGUAGCAGAACAAGAAGAUUCAGAAAUUCAGAGGUUGAUUACAGAACUGGAGUUGUAUGUAUCUCUGCUUCCAACAGUAAAUGGAAACACAAAUAUUCAGGUUGAAAUAGCACUGGCCAUGCAACCACUAAGAAGUGAAAAUGCUCAUUUACGCAGUGGUGAUCACCAAGGCCCCUGCUCCAGUGUCUAUCAGUACACUUUGCAGAGGAUGGGAGGACAUUUUCCGGUGCUUCUGCAGCACUGCAGUGUGCAAUUGAGAAUUUUGAACCAGCAACUUAGAGAACGAGAAGAAACUCAAAAGUCAUCUGGUUCUCUGGAAUGUAACCUUGAAUUGUUUUCUCUUCAAUCAUUGAACAAGUCACUGCAAAAUCAAUUACAGGAGUCACUAAAGAGCCAAGAAUUACUACAGAGUAAAAAUGAAGAGCUUUUAAAAGUGAUUGAAAGUCAGAAAGAUGAAAACAAAAAAUUCGCUGGUAUAUUUAAAGAGAAAGAUCAAACUUUACUUGAAAAUAAACAGCAAUUUGACAUUGAGACAAGAAGAAUGAAAAUUGAAUUGGAGGAAGCUUUAGUCAAUGUGAAAAGCUCCCGGUUUAAGUUAGAAGCUGCAGAAAAGGAAAAUCAGAUUUUGGGAAUAACAUUACGUCAGCGUGAUGCUGAGGUGACUCGACUAAGAGAAUUAACCAGAACUUUACAGACCAGUAUGGCAAAGCUUCUCUCAGAUCUUAGUAUGGACACUGCUCGCUGCAAGCCUGGGAGUAAUCUUACAAAAUCACUUCUGAACAUUUAUGAAAAACAACCUCAACAUGACCCAAUCCCUGCUCACACUUCCAUAAUGAGCUAUCUAAAUAAGUUAGAACCAGUUCACACUAUUAUUACACGUUCAGAGCCACUUUCUACAAUUAACAAUGAGGAAAACACAGUGCCAGAUAGACCCUAUGAAAAUGUUCUGCCCUCUAAAGGCCCUCAACAUACUAAUGCUAGGAACAUGGUGGAAGCAUCAGCCCCUGGAAUCAUUUCUGCCCUUUCAAAACAGGAUUCUGAUGAGGAGAGUGAAAUUACAACUUUAAUAGAAGAUGAGUGUAAUUUGGAUAAGACAAUUUACAUUCCGUUUGCUAGAAGCACUUCUAAAAAGAAAUCACCACUAUCUAAGAGAUUAUCCCCCCAGCCACAGAUCAGAGUUGCUCCACCACAGAUGGUCAGUGGACUUGUUGCUGAAAAAGAAAAUAAAUUGUGUACACCUGGAGUUUGUUCCGCUUCCAAAGAGGGAGGAGUUGCACCUGAGAACCUUUCCAGAACAGCCGAUAUGGAGGACAAGCAACUCCUCAAGAAAAUAAAGGAAACCAUUUGCAAGAUCCCUCCUGCCGCUGAGGAGCCAGAGGAAUUGGCUGCAUGUCAUGGCCCCUCCACUUGUCAGAACAGCAGCAUUCAAGUGAAAAGUAGUGCAGUCUCUGAUGGUAGCUUUUUGAAUUCUGAUUUAACCUCUGACUGGAGCACUUCUUCUUUUUCUACGUUCACUUCUCGUGAUGAACAAGACUUCCGAAAUGGCCUUGCAGCACUGGAUGCCAACAUUGCUAGACUCCAGAAGUCCUUGAGGACUGGUCUUCUGGAGAAGUAAACUCAGAAGAAAAGUUGUUUUUAAGAAUAGAACUUGGCUACAUUGAAUAUAUAUUUUAAAUUUCUUUAAGGUUUUAUUUUAAUUAUGUGUGAAAUAAUAAAUUGUAUGAAUAGUAAAUUUAUUAUUGGAAUAUAUUGACACUGGAACUUCUAAAAACAAGUCAUCUUAAGAAAUUGACAUUUGCUAAGAGAAGAAAGUUGUGUGUAACUAGAAAAAUAUUCUAAGUAUUGUAAAUAAUAUUUAAUUUAGUAUUUAUCAAUUAAGAGUUUAUUCUUACUCUGCUGGGCUAAGGGUGCAGGUUGGAAGGACUCUCUGGUUAUUCUAAAGGAUAAUGGGAAGGGAGUCUCUGGGUACAAUUUACUAUAUUAAAACUAGAGUUUCUUUUCUCUUUCAGGAUUCCUGUUUGGUUUUUAAUGGCAUUGUGUUUUUAUGUGGGAUGCUCUGUGCUACAGGCUGGUGUUAUUGGUGAGACAUAUAAACAUUUAUUUUAAGAGAAAAAGUGCCAAUAUCUCUAUUUUAAAAAGUCAUUGAUUGGUCCAAGAAAAUAUAGAUAACAUCCUAAGUUAGCAUAUGGUUUCUUAAAACUUUGGCACUUUAAUUUAGUCACAAAUGC